GUACCCGGAAGUGGGUGGUUGAGUCACAGACUGGUCACACAUCAGACCGACAUACUGCCUGCUGGGAUGCUGUGAUGAGGCAGAGAACAGGAGAUCAGAGACCGUUACAAAACUGAGAAACGGACAAUCUUAGCACCGACACAGCUCUAAAACCAACUACAAGGAACGGCCGUUAAAUCGCCAGGCAAGGACGAGCAUAUAAUAAGCGUCGCCAAAAUGAUGGAAGAAAUAGAUAGAUUUCAAGUGCCAAGCGCUGUCCAGGGGGAGAAUGAUCCGCUGGACCCAGCAUCCUCCACAGCAUCAUCCGAGGCAGACUCAGAUACCAGGGAGGGGGAGCCAGUCACCAUCAACUACAAGCCCUCUCCCCUCCAGAUGAAGAUAGAGAAGCAGCGGGAGCUGGCCAGGAAGGGCUCCGUGAAGAACGCCAACGUCGUAGGAAGCCCAGUCAACCAACAACCCAAGAAGAACAACGUGAUGGCCAGGACGCGGCUGGUAGUACCAAAUAAGGGCUACUCUUCCUUGGACCAGAGCCCAGAUGAGAAGCCCCUUGUGGCCCUAGACACAGACAGUGACGAUGACUUUGACAUGUCAAGAUACUCCUCGUCAGGAUACUCGUCAGCCGAGCAAAUCAACCAAGACCUGAACAUCCAGCUGCUAAAGGACGGCUACCGCCUGGACGAGAUCCCCGAUGACGAAGACCUGGACCUGAUCCCGCCCAAGUCCGUGAACCCCACCUGCAUGUGCUGCCAGGCCACCUCCUCCACUGCCUGUCAGAUCCAGUAGCCCCGCCCCCUCCCUCCCCCCCUCCCUCCCCCCAACACACAUCCCCGCCCGCCUGCAGUGAGUUUACUACGCCUGCGGAGCGGCGACAGAGAGCAACAGUAGAAUAUAUGAUAAGUACAUAUACGAUGACCAAUAAUCAACUUACCUAACCGAAAGUUAUGUUUGAACCUGAAAAUGCAGAAAAAGGGAAAAAAGAACAACAAAAUGACACAAAAAUUGUAUUACAAAAAAAAAACUAUUAUGACUAUUAACAAUAAUGACUUCCUCCUAUGGUAGGAUAUGCACUUCUGUUUGUGUUUGAGGUUUAGACGGAGGCUUACACUUGGCCUCUGUGGCUCCUUCUCCCGGCCAAUAUUGUGUAACACAAGUGAACAAAAGGUUAGUUUCCGUCGUUUAAAGGUGAUUCUCAUGUCCCGAAUUGUUAAGAAACAUCAUCCGAACUGCUGCUGAUUCGACUGCUUUGCUUACCUGACUUCAAGGUCCGAGUCUCUGCUUUCGUUUCGUUCUCUGGACCUUAUUUUCUUGGUCAUAGACUUUUUCAAUUGAGGGAUCGGUAUGAUUGUAUGUGCUGGGAUGUGCUUUUGAAAAGGGAACACUAGGUGCCCUUAUAUAGUCUUGGGACAGUCCUCUGGUACUGAGAACAGGGUUGUGUAGCACAGGCCAGAACAUUGCACUCACCCACUCACUUUCCCUUGACUUUGUACAUGUUUAUGGUAGCUGACCGUUUGAGUUUUUAGGAAUGAAUGUAUUGUGAAGAGGCAGAACGCAUGAAAAGCAGUUAGGGAACUUGAACUUUGGAACUUUGGAACUGGCAGAUUAGCCUUCACUCCGCUACACACGAUCCACUUCUAACUUGACCGUUCAUUGGAAGGAAUUUGUCGUUAUUUUGAAUGUGUCGGACGAUUUGAGGUGGUUCAGCUUUCACCGCAAAACUGGUUGAACACCUGUUCCCCAUGUUAGAAGGGAUGACGUCGUUGAAUUGACCAACGGGAUGAGCUCUGAGCCUACAUAUCAUUGCACUGAUUUUGUUGUCUUUUGUUGCUUUCCACCCAUGCCGGCCCACACAGUUCCAAUCCUAUAGAGGCCCAAUGACUGGGCGAAUGGGCUUGAGGUUAUUGUGCAGAGAUUAAGCAGACUUUAGAUAGCUUUGCUGCCUGUCGUGGCUUCAUGGCUUUGCUAUGCCAUCCCCUGCCGUCACAUGUCAAAGUCCUGUGUUCCUAUUCCACAGCCUUUUCCCUAAAACUGCCUCGUCGUGCACCACCUCACAGAAAGAGCUUUUGAUUGGUGUCAAAUCGUGUGCAUACACCAGUCCUCGGCAUCCUUGUAGGGAAGUGUCGAAGUGCAGUUCAGGGAAGAGAGAACAAGGACCCAGGAAGUACACGCAAUGCCAACUGAGGGCGUUGGUCGCCAUCUCUCUUUCUUGUGAUUGGUUGAAAGUGAUGUAUCAUGAACAUGGAGCAGCUAUCCCACACACUUUCACUUCUUCUUCUUUGGUUGAUUUGCUAUUAGAGUAUGCCUUAAUUAUCGAAUAUCGAAAAGAGUGUAUUUUAUGUCCUGCUCUUGAAUUAAUUGAUUUUAAACGGAUUUGCAGUCUGUGAAGGAAUGUUUUGAUGUGAUAUUAUUUGUAAUUUAUUUUUACAUUUAGACACAAGCGUUUCUUUUUUUGUGUUCAGUUUUUUUUUUUUUUUUUACAAUUUGUUGUCAUGUAGACACACCCAUUCCAGUAUUUAACAAUGUGUUUGUUCUGUGUGGUGUAUAAUAUCAAUAAACACAAAAACAAUGGAA